GAUGAUUUGGAUACAAGUUCGUCACAAAUUGAAGUCAAGUUUAUUAAAGAAUUCAAAAAUGUAUCAAGACGGGUGUUAUGGAUGUAACCAAUCUCUGCUAUGGCCCGGAUAUAGAACGUAUCCACGGAAACCGACCUCAUUCCAUAUUAUGGAUAUUUUACAUAUUAGACAGGAACAACAAAUUCCGUCAGCUUUAGGACCUUUACAGGAUUUUUGUAGGACUAAAAGUGUGGAAAACAUGGUUUCUCCAAUAAAUCAAGAACGAGUACCAACUAUAGGGACACCUAAAGAUCUUAAGUUUGGAAUUAAUCGAAUUCUUUCCGAGGACUUUGGAAACAAAUCACCGGUAGUCAAUGAAAACAGAAACAAGUUCUCGUUAACACGGACGUGUGAUUGUGGUUCUCCAUCGUGCAGUGUUCUUAUGUUCUCACAGAUGUCAUCACACCCUUUCAAUUCUCCACACUAUACACUUUAUCAUUCAGAGACAGAAACUCUUCCAGGCCCAUAUUCUAUUUUAAAUGAUGAGACUUGCACAAAUGGUCAGUCAAAACGAAAAAGAUCAUGGUCCAGAGCCGUUUUCUCAAACUUACAGAGGAAAGGUUUAGAAAAGAGAUUUGAAGUACAAAAAUACGUCACAAAACCUGAUAGAAGACAACUAGCAGCUAUGUUAGGACUUACAGAUGCACAGGUAAAAGUUUGGUUUCAAAACAGAAGAAUGAAAUGGAGGCACAUGCAACAAAUGAAAGAGAAAGAACUUAGUGAUCAAAAGAGAGACAAUACCGACAAACAUUGUAGUUCAAAAGAGAAACAUGGUGACAUGGAGUCAGACAGCGAGCAAUCAACCUAACGUGAAAAACACUGAGAGAGAAUCUCAUUCGCUGAAGUGUAUUAUCGAAGUUAUCCAUGGAAAAGUCAACAUCCGUUGCACAAUUUAUACAAUCAAGCGCUUCCGAGCUGCUACUGAAUUGAGGAAGUGUUGGAAUGUGUUUGAUAUUUAUAUAACGUGAUAUACAAAUUCAUAUCAAUGGAUAUUAUCAGAAGGUUCAAAGCUUUUAAUUAACAAUAGCUGUAGCCUAUAGAUUUUAAAACUGUUUUGUACAUAAAUAUUAAAUGUUACCUAAAUAUC